AUGAUAGCUCGCUCUUUGUACGCGGUCUUGGUCUGCCUCCUGACUGCUUCGCUUGUCGCCUGCGCAUCUGUGCAGCAAGAGCUACGACAAGACUCUUUCAGUAUUCCAGACUUCGUCUUGAGAUACGCACCUACUCUCUACCUACACAGUGAAGAGUUGUACUUCCCUACAGACCUCACAACCUUUCUCGAGCAUGUAACCCCACGAGCCAACUACACCCCGGUCGCGAACGCUCCCAACCCACUCACGCUCACGAAUCUCGAUCAGCUUGGCGCAGCCGCCCACCUCACCUCCAACGACGACGUAACGACGUCUCCAGCAUGGCUCUCCGGGGCAGCACCCGACAGCCACGGCCUCACUGCCGGCAUAAAUUGCGCCGUAAUCGUCAACACGAAGAACGACAGCAGCGCAGACGUUUUCUACUUCUACUUCUACGCCUUCAACCCCGGCACCAAUGUGUUCUCGCUUCCGUUCCUUGACUUUGGCAACCACGUCGGCGACUGGGAGCACACCAUGCUCCGCUUCCGCUCUCCCACGUCCUCACCGGAAGCAAUGUGGUACUCGCAGCACGCGAACGGGCAGGCGUUCCGCUACUCGGCUGUUGAGAAGGACUCUGAUGGUGUGCGCCCGGUUGUGUAUGUCGCGAAAGGGAGCCAUGCCAACUAUGCGGUUGCAGGGACGCAUUCGCAUGUCAUUCCGAACCUGAACCUGCCGUUCGGGGCACUGCAGGAUUACACUGAUAAGGGGAGGAGGUGGGACCCGAUAGGCAGUAGCUGGGUGUAUGAGUAUGAUGCUGGGAGUGGUGCUUUUACUGCGUUGAACGGCGGGCCGGUGGAGUGGUUGAGUUUCAAGGGCAAGUGGGGAGAUGAAGCGUAUCCGGACAGUGAUAGGAGACAGGUGGAUGUCUUUGGGCAGAAGAAGUAUGUGGGUGGCCCGACUGGACCUGCUGAUAAGCAGCUGGACAGGAAGGAGGUGUGUCCUGACAACGGUAUACCAUGCAUACUGAGGAGUAUACUCGUGCCUCUGGACGUGGAAGCUGGGAGCUGA